GGAACUUCGCGUGUGUGAAUGUCGAUGAAUUAUUUUUAAAUUCAACAUUUAUAUUUAGAUUCCUAAAAAUUCUUACAUUUCGUAUUUUGUACUUAGUAAGAGAAGCGCACGUUCUAAACGUGCUACUACACCGGCGCGAUACAAAUGCGCGGAAACAUGUGUUUUGAUGUGAACAUCAAGUCAUAAAGUGACAACAAAUCGUGAUUUUUUUCGUUUGUUCUGUGAUUUGUGGUCAUCAAGAAGUUAUAGAACCGUGUUCUACAUAAAAAUGUUUUGCUAAAAGUGUCGUGGAAAAAGAUGUUAAAUAGUGAUUUCCGGCAAUGACGAAGUUUUACUAAAACUAGGCGUGUUCUUGACGUUCCGGACCAGGUAUGGCGAAUUCCGGAAUGGGGGGUUCCUUCGACCCCAAUGACAUGAGCAGCUGGUACUUUCACGGCAUGACGCGGAAAGAAGCUACAGAUCUGCUCCUUAAUGAGACUGAGAGUGGCGUAUUUCUGGUCAGGGAUUCGAAGUCCAUUGUUGGAAACUACGUUCUAUGCGUCAAAGAAGCAGGUCGGGUGUCGAACUAUAUAAUCGAUCGCAUCGUUUCACCCGACGGCUCGGUGCUCUUCCGCAUCGGUGACCAGGUGUUCGUGGACAUGGCGGCGCUGCUAUCGUUCUACCGCGUCCAUUACUUGGACACGACGGCGCUGGUGAGGCCCUACGCGAGGACGGCCAUCGCUCACCAGCCUCCGCAGCAGAACCAGACCCUGGAGAUAGUUAUCGCGAAGUUCGAUUUCGCUGGCAACGACGCAGACGACCUCCCGUUCCGGCGCGGCGAGAAGCUGGCGGUGGUGAGUCGCGACGAGGAGCAGUGGUGGACCGCGCGCAACGUGCACGGCCGCACCGGCUCCAUCCCCGUGCCCUACGUGCAGAGGAUGGCGGACAUGUCUGCGGAGUCCCUGGAGGCCCCGGCCCCGCCCGUCAACAAGAACUCCCACCUCACCAACAUGGAGCGCAAGCUGCCCGCCCUGGCGCGCGUGCGGCAGGCCCGGGUGCCCAACGCCUACGACAAGACGGCCCUCAAACUUGAGGAAGGAGACAUCAUUAAGGUCACAAAGAUCAACAUCAACGGGCAGUGGGUCGGGGAACUGAACGGCCGGACCGGACACUUCCCCUUCACAUACGUCGAGUUCCUGGACGAGAACACGCCCAGCUAGACGCCCCCUCCCAACCCCCCGACACCUCCCCGGGACGCAUUUAUUUCCAAACAUAUAAACCCGUUUUUAAUACUUUAUUGGUAUUAGUUUAUUAUACAAUAGGAAUAAAUACGCGCCUUUAUUAGAAUGGAAUUGAUUAGUAAAACUACAUCGAAUUUUUGUAAAUUUUACACAUAUUCAAUCAAACACCGUCGCGUCGAUACGUGCCUGUUUGUUGCAGGAAUUUGAUUGAGAAACGUAAAAUUCGAAAUUUCAUUAUAAUUUCUUAAAUUGGAACAAUACCUUGUACCAUAACGGUUGGAUUAAUUAAUAACCUGUGAAAUAUUAUUUUGUUAUUGCGUAUGAAUUGCACAGACGUUGUACGCGUUCUAUACUAUGCAUAAUGACGUAUGUAUGUGGUGUGCACCCUCAUGUGGAUAUAUGACAAGAUAAGAUAACUAUAUAACAUAUAAAUAACAAAGUAGACGAAUUAAUUUGAAUAAAUUACUAAAUUCGUAUUGAAGAUGUCUCUAACCUAAAAUAAAAUUAUACUACCAUGUUAUAAUACAUUAUAUAUUCCAUGAAAAUAUAGGCACAUGGCUACGUGCCCCUCAUCAUUGUACGACACAUCCUAAAGUUACUAACAUAAUUAUUAACAAAUUGAACUGGUAUAAAAUGUGUUUAAUGGCAACCCUGGCGGCCACCACUCCCCCCGCUGCCGAUUGCACUACUCUUGUAAAUUAAACUCAAUUGUAAACGUCGGAGGCUACACAGCGCCGCGCCCCCGGACAGUUCGGGGUAGACACGAGCACCCCCCGCGAUCCCUUACCCCGGGGUACGCAGUGGCCCCACGAGUCUAGGCUUGUACUUGUGUCGUUGCCAAAUUAACUCGUCGACAUCCUUAAGUAUUUCGAACUAACACUCAUUCGUCGCGUAUGUAAAUAUUAGUUAUAAAACGGCGUUCGUUUUGAUUUAUUAAAUAAAUAAUAUCAAAAGUAACGCAAAAAGCUCUUCCAUGAAAAUAUGUAGUCACUAGUUCGUGAGGACCCGGAGACGGCCGGCCCCAGCCGAAACGCUUUUGAGGUCCUCAUGAAUAAACACAUAGAAAUAUUUUUAUAAUAAUUGCUAACGCAAAAUGUAUACAAUGUAUUAUUAAUUAAUUAUUUAGUUAUUUUAAUUACGUCUUCGUUUGUAAGCGCCAAUCAUUACCACUCGUAUAGACGGUCGCCGUGGCGUACUAACAAGUGACGUCACAAAGUUGUCUACAGAAGCAGGUGUACGUUGUGUGUUGUGUACCGAGUAAGUUGCUCGUGAUAUGAAAAGCUGGCUCGCUUUUACGUUUCGACAAGCUACUUUAUAACUAACUACUUUUUUGUUUUAAUCAAAAAAGUUCAAGUGUCGCUGUUAGAAAUCAGAAAAUAAUGCCAAAAAUGGAUGUGGUAUACAAUAUUCAAAAUUUAAAAAAAAAACACGACUUCGCGGUAAUGGCGAGGACGUGUAAUGUAGUUUUUAAGAUAUGAAUUUCUGUGUCAUUUUGCAUCUAGUUUCGACGCUGGUAUCAGAAAAAAAAAUUAACCCUUUAACUAACACGUAGGUCACCGGUGCCCUACGUGGCGUGCUGAAGUAAUUACACAUCGAUUUCUGUCACUAAGCGCCUAGAUUACCUAACUUCUUUUGUAUUAAAUGUAUAAUUAGUGUUUUAGGUCUUUUAGAAAUAGAUUCAUUCUCAGUAUCUUCAGAUUCGUCUUUCAACAGUCCACUAGAUAUUCCGUGCCUUAAUAACAAGAUCGAACCCAUGUAUCAGCCCGCUGAGUUUCUCGCCGCAUCUUCUCAGCGGGUCGCGAUUCCGAUCCGGUAGUAGAUUCGUUCGCGAAGUAGUUGCUCUUG